UAUUGGGUCAUAAUUUAGGUAUUUGAUCCAUUUUGAGUGGAUUUUUGUAUAAGGUUUAAGAUAGGGGUUGAGUUUCAUACUUCUGCAUGAGAGAUCCAGUUUUCCCAGCACCAUUUGCUGAAUAGACUGUCCUUGCUCCAGGGAUUGAUUUUAGCUCCUUUGUCAAAGAUAAAUUGGUUACAGAUGUGUGGAUUGAUUUCUGGAGUUUCUAUUCUGUGGUUCUACACAUCUGUUUUUGUGCCAGUACCAGGCCUUUUUGAUUAUAACUGUCCUGUAGUAUGUCUUGAAAUCUGGUAUUGUGAUGCCUCCAGCUUUAUUUUUGUUAAGAUUUCUUUAGUUAUUUGGGGUCCCUUGUGUUUCCAUUUGGAGUUUUGCAUUCUUUUUCUAGAUCAGAGAAGAAUGUCCUUGGUAGUUUAAUUAGGAUUGCAUUGAAUCUGUAAAUUGCUUUGGUAGCAUGGACAUUUUGAUGAUAUUGAUUCUUCCAAUCCAUGAGCAUUGAAGAUUUCUCCAUUUUUUGAUUGUGUCUUCUAUUUUUUUCUUUAAUGUUUUGUAAUUUUCAUUGUAGAGAUCUCUGACAGCGUUGUUUAAAUUUAUUCCAAGGUAUUUAAAUUUUUUUGUAGUAAUUGUGAAUGAGAUUGAUCUUAGAAGUUCUUUCUCAGCCAUGCUGGACCUACACUGUUAUAUAGUGUGUUUAUAUCCAGUACUUAAUAGGAAAAAGACAUUGAAAUACGAGACAAUCCCAAAUAAACAAAAUGUGCCUAAUAAAACUAUCUAUACAGUGGUUAACAAAAAAUGAAGGCAAGAAUUUUUAAAAUUGCUCUUUAAAAUUUCUAAUGAUACCACAGCACAGCAGCUGCCAACAAAUUGUUUUGAUUGCACUUGAAAAGUGGUUCUCCAAUGGGUGAUUUUGCCCCACAGGGAACACUUCCAAUCGCUGGAAAUAACGUUUGUCACAACUAAGGAGAGUUGUGUCGCAACUACUACUGGCAUCAACUUGGUGGAUUGUGACAGUAUUAAGUGAGUAUCAGCCAGGGAAGUGGUUAAAAAUUCUACAAUCUCUAUAUGCAAGUCACCACAACAAAGCAGUUUCUGCCCCAAAAUGUUAAUAGUGCCAAGGCUGAGAAAUCCUGCUCUACAGAUACUGAGAAACAAAGCACAUGAUGUAAAUUUGUUAGAAAGGAGAAAUAGGUGAAUAUAAAAGUGCCUAUAAAAUGUAUACCUGGAUAUCUCAAGAAUGUUACCCUAGAAAUGUCUGCAUUUACUAUUUUAGAUGGCUAAUUUUAAUGUGGCAACUUCACAGGCCACAUUCUUGAGGAUGUUUGUGGAUGAAGUUAACAUAAAUGGGAGAACUUGAGUAAAAUAGAUCACCUUCCACAAUUUGAGUGGUCCUCAUGUUUUCAGUUGAAGGCCUGAAUAGAAUCAAAGGCUGCCCUUCCCCCGAGUGAGAGAAUUCUCCUGCCUGGAUAGGCUCCUAACUGACACAUCAGUACAUCCUGGUUCUGCACAGCCUCUUGGCCUUCAGACUUGCACUGGGACAUCAGCUCUGCAGAUUUGAGACUUGUCAGCCUCCAUAACUCUGACCAAAAUGGAGAGGAGAUCCCGACUUCAGUUGUCCAGACUGCCAGACAUCACGGCAAUGAAGCAGCAACAGUUGCCUGCCUACCAGCUACACUUCUCAGCUACCAUGGUCUUCUCCAUCUUUUUUGCCUCAGGAGUAUUCUGCCUUUUCAUGGGCAUCUUCCUCAUAUUGUCUGCAAAGAGUAUCCAGAAAGUAGAGAUUAAUUACACAAAAACAUGUGGAAAUUGUGCAAAACUGCGGGAAGAUGCCUUUAAUCACAACAAAAUAUGCACCUGCUCUAUUCCCUUUGUCCUUGCAAAGAGUAUGGAGGGUAAUGUUUUUAUGUACUACAAGCUGUAUGGCUUCUAUCAGAACCUUUAUCGAUAUAUUUUAUCCAGAAGUAAUAGUCAACUGCUGAGUAAGGAUCUGAAGGCUGUUGAGGACUGUGCUCCAUUCAAAGUGUCCCACAAAGAAAUCCCUUUUGCUCCUUGUGGCGCUAUAGCCAACAGCAUGUUCAAUGGAACCACAAAGCCCCCUUACUGGCCCAAGCCUAUCUACGAGCUGGAUCCAGAUGAUCCAGAAAAUAAUGGCUUCCUCAACGACGAUUUCAUCGUGUGGAUGCGGACAGCUGCCUUUCCCACUUUCAAGAAACUAUACCGUCGACUCCACCGAAUACACUAUUUUAUUGAAGGCUUACCUGCUGGUAAUUAUAGUUUCAACAUAACCUAUAACUUCCCAGUAACCAAGUUCCAAGGAGAAAAAUCAGUUGUCCUCUCCACGCUGACAUGGAGUGGAGGCAGCAGCCUCUUCUUAGGUCUUGCUUACACAGUUACGGGCGCCAUGACAUGGCUAGCCUCCUUUGCCAUGUUAGCAAUUCACUUCAUGCUAAAACAAAGGAAAGCAUCCACCUCGAAGUGGCAAAGCAAGGCUUUAAAAGGGCAAAGCAGAAAAUAGAAACAGAUAGUAAAGUAACAGCCAAAAAUCUCUGGCAAGCCUGGAAAUGACUGGGAUAUUGUAGAACAGGCCUGACUGAAACAAAUUCAGUCCCAGAUAGGUAAAUAGUGAGAAUUUCAGAAAUAAGAAAAAGAAGAAGGAAGAAGAGGAGGAAAUGUAAUUAUGUAUAGUAUGGAAUGGGGGUAAUAAAUCGUCAUUGAGCUCUAGACUGAGUUCCAAGUAUUUAUUUGAAGUCCUUGUGCCUGAAAGCUGGUGAAUGCCCAGGGGGUUCAACUGCCAAGUGAAAGUAAGCCUGGGGUCCCUGAAAUUGAGUGGCUCAUUUUACCCAUUAGAGUAAGCUCAGUCCAUAGUCUUCAUUGGCUGGUUGGAAUACUUUCCAAGAACAACUGCUGAACUGAGCAUCAGAAUGCUUUCAACAUUUCUAUCGAUGGAGUUGAAACUAAGUUUUCCCUACUAAGAUUAGGUCAAACCAAAGUUAUGGCAGGACCCAAGGUACAGAAAUACACCAAACAGAAGGCCCAGAAAGUUCCCUAGAGUUACCUACAUGGCCAAGAAAAAAGCACUGCAAGUGACUGAUUCUCAGAAACUACUCAGCACAUCAAGGGCUCAAAACAACAGACGGAUGACAAAUUCCACAAUUCAAACAAUGGCAUGGAUUUAUGACACUUGUACUGAUUUAUGACAUAUGUACUGAGAGAGCCUUCAGAGUCCAUCUUAAAAGGUAUUAAUUCCUCGAAUGAAUGUUUGGUACAAGACUAAGGAUACCUCUCGGGAUGCCUGCAUCCCAUUUUUUGGAGUGUGUGGUUGGAAUCCCAGCUCCACUUCUGAUGCAGCCUCCUAUUACUGUGCACCCUGAGAAGGCAGCAAAUGAUGACUCAAGUACUGGGUUCCUGCCGUUCACAAGAGAGACUCAGAUUGAGAUCCUGGCUCCAGGCUUUGGCCUGACCCAGCACUGGGUGUUACAGGCACUUGGGGAGUGAACCUGAAAAUGGAAGAUAUCUCCCUCCCCAUCCCUCAUCCCUUUCUCUCUCUCCUUCUUAAAUAAAAUAAGACACAAUUUUUAAUUAAAAAAAGUUUUAAUUCUUGCUAAAAGUCACUUACAGGAGACUGGAUAAGCACUUGGUGAAGCUGCCAUGAAGCCUCAUAGAUUUUUUUUUACCUAAAUGACCACAGAGUAAUACUUUUUAAAGCAUUUUAUAUUAAUUUUUUGAGGUAGGGGAAGUUUUACUCUGUGAUUAUUCUAAAAGUAAAAUGACCAUUGUUAAAGAAAAAUGAAAAGUAUCAACACAUUUGUCUCCUUAGGAGCCAAGAAAGCAUUUCUUUGUUGCAACUCUUGGCAUUCACCAAAUAACUGAGCACUUCUCAAAAAAAAAUGAAAUGAUUUCAAGUGUCAACUCUGAAGUCUUGGAAUCCCUUUCCUCAUCCACCUUCUACUUAAAGCCAAUUACCUCUGAUGACCAGGUGUGGCAAGCUAAUUCCUCCCACUAAAAAUGCCCAUGCUGUAAUCCCCAGAGCCUGUAAAGGUUAUCUUCUCUAUCAAAAGAGAUUUGCAGAUCUAAUCCAGGAUAUUGAUAUGAGGAGAUUAUCCUGGCUUAUCUGGGUGGGUCCAAUGUAAUUGAUGUAGGGAGGGAGGGAGGUAGCAUUCACAAACAGCAGCUGAGGUUCUGCCAGCACCAUUCUGCUGCCCUGCCUGCUGCAGCAUGGCCCACAUAGCCGCUCUGGCUGAACCAUAUGACAAUGCUGGCAUGCUCAAACAGCCCAGCCCACACUGCUCAAACCACACCCCCUCUUCCCUGUACCAGCCAAACCCCCUUUUCCUGUACCGACCUUUCCCUUUUCCUGUACUGCCCAAAACUCCCUUUCUGUACACUACCCAAACUGUCCCCCACCCCUUUCGUGUAGAAGAAAACCACAAGUUCUGGGAGGUUGCAACUUAGAACCAGCAUCAGCUAGAAAUAGCCAAGAUGGCUGAAGGCUGUGUCCCUGUGAUGACCUUUAGGUCUUUAUAAUGUCAUUAUAAUAAACUUACCAUGGCUGACACUCCCAUUCCCAUGAUACACCUGACACCAUAACUGCUGAGAUUUCCAAAAGAGAGCACAGAAAUGGGUGGUACUCAAGCCCUAUCUCAAAUUCCACCAUCUUUGCCCCACACACCACCUCCUAUACCUCAGGAUAACAUAAAAGAAUGGCCCCAAACUUUGUUGAUUGCAGUUUCAUCUCGCCCAAGCUUGCCUGCACUCAUUCUUGUAAUUUUGUGUAAUUUCUUUUUAAAUAAAUACUGUUUUUCUGCUCAACAUUUUCUAUGGUCUCUUCCUUGAAUUUUUUCUAAGGUGCAGACAAGAACCUGGUUCAAGCUUAGCCAGGGGCCAUCCCACAACAUAAUUACAAGGAUCCUUACAAGAAAGGCAGGUUGGAGAAGUAGUAGUGACAGCAGAAGUAGGGAGUUAGAGCGGUGCACGGAAAGAGCCAUGAUCUAAAGAUGCAAAUGGCCUCUGGAAGCUGAGAAAAGCAAGAAAUGGAUUCUACUCUGAAGCCUUCAGUAGCCCUGAUGACACCUUAAUUUGACCUCCAGAAAUGGAAGAGAAUACAUUUACGCUAUUUUAAAGUUAGCAUGUGUGGUAAUUUGUUAAAGUAACAAAACAAAUAACUUCAGGUCUUGCCAAUGCUCUAAUUAUCUGAAAAACUGCUGUUUCUGGAGUUCAGGUAAUCUUUCUAGGAUGAAGCAGAGGAAGGGGCAGAGCUCAUAUGUGAACUAAGCAAACAGACUUAAAAUCCUCCACUUAGCCCUUUAGUCCACAUCCUUAGUUACGAUGCUAGUUAGGAAAGGCAUAAAUGCUUUGUUAACUUCUCUUCCUUGUCAGCUUUAGGAUGCUGUUUUAAUCAAGAUUCUAUAGAGACAGAACCAAUACAGGGUGUUUAUGUGUAUAUGGAAAAAUAUAGGUAGGCAAGUAGAUAAUAAAUAUAAAUAUAGAUGAUAGAUAGAUACUCUGAUUUUAAGGAAUGGGAGCAUUUGAUAGGUGAGUUCUUCUCAGGAAAUACUUGCAACACAAUCUACUGAAAGGCAAGAAGAGGCAACAUUGUGGAUGGAGUUCAAAGGCAGCCUGCUGGAGAAGUCCCUCUUGCUCUGUGGAAGUUGACCUUUGGUUCUGUUCAGGCCUUC